AUGAUCCCAAUCAUCCUCAUGCCCUACAUAUUCCUUUACCUUGCUGCGUACUCGGAUCCUGGCUUCAUCACCAAUGCUACUCACGCAACCCACAUGCGCCUCUACCCCUACGACCAUGUUAACUUCCACCCAUCCGCCAUAUGCAGCACCUGCGACUUCAUCAAACCGCCUCGCUCAAAGCACUGCGCCCUCUGCAAGCACUGCGUGUCACGAUCAGACCACCACUGCAUAUUCAUCAACAACUGCGUUGGCUACGGCAACACGCAUUGGUUCAUCCUCCUCCUCCUCUCCACAACCCUCCUGACCGCCGCCGGCGGGUACCUGGGCCUGAUCUACAUCAGCGACAUCAUCAAGGCGCGGUAUAGCUCUUUUACUAUUCGCGGAAUAGGGUACACGUGGCGCGAUUAUGCGAAUUUCUGGCUCUGGGGAAUACACAUUAAACCUGGUGCUGGCGGUGUCACGCUUCUGUGUGUAUUGAGCACCGCGUUAAUUGCCGCCUUGGCCGCAUACACGCUGUACCAGGUUUGGGCAGGCGUCACAACGAACGAGAGCGGGAAGUGGGAUAACACGAGUUGCGAUAUUGACGAUGAGUCCCUUUAUAUGCGACCUCUAGACGAACAGAGACCGCGAGACGCCGGUGUUGAACCGCGUGUAAAGUGGCCAGUGCAACCAAAGCUCAUCAGUAUGAGCUGUGAAACCAAGCCGCCGAGUAAUGCGAAGAGUCUACAGGGACGGGGAUAUGGGGAAUGGGUGCGUGCGGAGAGUUUGCAUGACCUGGAGAAUGUCUAUGAUGUCGGAUUCUGGCGCAAUAUUGUGGACCUGUUUCUUCCGCGCUCAACUUGUGAAACUCGUUACGCUGAAGAUUAG